GAACAGGACCAGGACCUGGACCAGGACCUGGACCUGGACCUGCACCCAGCUGUGUGUCCUUUAAGAGCGAUGACUCAAAGGGUUUUUUAAUUCACUUUAAAGGAGAUGGAGCUCCUGCUGCUCAGAGAGUGGACCAGCAGAACUCAGAGGUUCCCAGAGCUCAGUCUGACCAGCAGCAUCACCUGGACUCCAUAUUCAUGCUGCUGGAGGACAACAUGGUGACUUUUGUGAAGAAAGAGCUGAAGAAGAUGCAGAAGGUUGUGAGUCCAGAUUACCCAGAAUGCUCAGAGAGUCAGAGGGAGGAUGAGGAGAAGUUGGAGAGUGAUGAUGAAGAUCAGAGGAGCAGCAGAGAGAUGUUUCAGCAGAUCACAGUGUUGUUCCUGAGGAGGAUGAAGCAGGAGAAGCUGGCUGACUGUCUGCAGAGCAAACUUGCUGCAGUUUGUAGACGUAAACUUAAAUGUGGUCUGAAGAAGAAGUUCCAGAGAGUGUUUGAGGGCGUCGCUAAAGCAGGACAGUCGACCCUCCUGAAUGAGAUCUACACAGAGCUGUACAUCACAGAGGGAGGGACUGCAGAGGUCAAUGAUGAACAUGAGGUCAGACAGAUUGAAUCAGCAUACAGGAAAGCAGACAGAGCAGAAAGAAGCAUCAGACCAGAAGACAUCUUUAAAGGCUCACCUGGAAGAGAUGGACCAAUCAGAACAGUGAUGACACAGGGAGUGGCUGGCAUCGGGAAAACAGUGUUAACACAGAAGUUGACUCUGGACUGGGCUGAAGACAAAAGCAACCAGGACAUCCACUUCAUGUUUCCAUUGACUUUCAGAGAGCUGAAUGUGGUGAAAGAGAGAAAGUUCAGUUUGGUGGAACUUGUUCAUCACUUCUUCAGUGAAACCAAAGCAGCAGGACUGUGCAGGUUUGAAGACUUCCAGGUUGUGUUGAUCUUUGACGGUCUGGAUGAGUGUCGCCUUCCUCUGGACUUCCACAACAAUGAGGUCCUAACUGAUGUUACAGAGUCUACCUCAGUGGAUGUGCUGCUGACAAACCUGAUCAGGGGGAAUCUGCUUCCCUCUGCUCGCCUCUGGAUAACCACACGACCUGCAGCAGCCAAUCAGAUCCCUCCUGACUGUGUGGACAUGGUGACAGAUGUCAGAGGGUUCACUGACCCACAGAAGGAGGAGUACUUCAGGAAGAGAUCCAAAGAUGAGGAGCAGGCCAGCAGCAUCAUCUCCCACAUUAAAGCAGCACAAAGCCUCCACAUCAUGUGCCACAUCCCAGUGUUCUGCUGGAUCACUGCUACAGUUCUGGAGGAGCUGCUGAGAACCAGAGAGGGAGGAGAUCUGCCCAGAACCCUGACUGAGAUGUACAUCUACCACCUGGUGGUUCAGACCAAAGUCAAGAAGGUCAAGUAUGACGGAGGAGCUGAGACAGAUCCACACUGGAGUCCAGACAGCAGGAGGAUGAUUGAGUCUCUGGGAAAACUGGCUUUUGAGCAGUUGCAGAAAGGAAACUUGAUCUUCUAUGAGUCCGACCUGACAGAGUGUGGCAUCGAUCUGGGAGCAGCCUCAGUGUACUCAGGAGUGUUCACACAGAUCUUUAAAGAGGAGAGAGGACUGUACCAGGGCAAGGUGUUCUGCUUCAUCCAUCUGAGCGUUCAGGAGUUUCUGGCUGCAGUCUACAUGUUCCACUGUUACACCAACAAGAAGGAGAAGGUUCUGGAGGACUUCCUGGGAAAAGAGUGGAAAGAUGAGGGGAGAGACACUCUGGAUGUGUUUCUGAAGAGAGUCAUGGAGAAAUCCCUGAGAAGUAAAAAUGGUCACCUGGACCUGUUUGUUCGCUUCCUUCAUGGCCUCUGUCUGGAGUCCAACCAGAGACUCUUAGGAGGUCUGCUGGGUCAGACAGAGAACCAUCCAGAAAUGAUCCAGAGAGUCAUCAAGAACCUGAAGGAGAUGAACAGUGAUGAAAUGUCUCCAGACAGAAGCAUCAACAUCUUCCACUGUCUGAUGGAGAUGAAGGAUCUCUCAGUACAUCAGGAGAUCCAAGAGUUCCUUCAGUCAAAGAAUAGAUCAAAGAAGGAACUCUCUGAGAUCCACUGCUCAGCUCUGGCCUACAUGCUGCAGAUUACAGAGGAGGUUCUGGAUGAGUUGGACUUGAACAAGUACAAAACAUCAAAGGAGGGAAAACGGAGGCUGAUUCCAGCUGUGAGGAACUGCAGAAAGUUUCGACUUUCUAACUGUGGACUCUCAGAGAGUCACUGUGAAGUCGUGGCCUCAGCUCUGAAGUCCAACCCCUCCCAUCUGAUAGAACUGGACCUGAGUGGAAACAAGCUGCAGGAUUCAGGAGUGAAGCAUCUUUGUGAUGGACUGCAGAGUCCAAACUGUCAACUGGAGACUCUCAGACUUUCUGACUGUGGACUCUCAGAGAGUCACUGUGAAGUCGUGGCCUCAGCUCUGAAGUCCAACCCCUCCCAUCUGAUAGAACUGGACCUGAGUGGAAACAAGCUGCAGGAUUCAGGAGUGAAGCAUCUUUGUGAUGGACUGCAGAGUCCAAACUGUAAACUGGAGACUCUCAGACUUUCUGACUGUGGACUCUCAGAGAGUCACUGUGAAGUCGUGGCCUCAGCUCUGAAGUCCAACCCCUCCCAUCUGAUAGAACUGGACCUGAGUGGAAACAAGCUGCAGGUUUCAGGAGUGAAGCAUCUUUGUGAUGGACUGCAGAGUCCAAACUGUAAACUGGAGACUCUCAGAUUGAUGAGCUGCAGUUUGUCAGAGAUCAGCUGUGAUUCUCUGGUCUCAGCUCUGAAGUCCAACCCCUCCCAUCUGGAACAUCUGGACCUGAGCUACAACAACCUGCAGGAUUCAGGAGUCAAACAUCUGAGUGGUUUUCUGGAGAGUCCAGACUGCAUCCUGAAGACUCUGGGAUUGAUGAGCUGCAGUUUGUCAGAGAUCAGCUGUGAUUCUCUGGUCUCAGCUCUGAAGUCCAACCCCUCCCAUCUGGAACAUCUGUACCUGAGCUGGAACAACCUGAAGGAUUCAGGAGUGAAACAUCUGAGUGGUUUUCUGGAGAGUCCAGACUGCAUCCUGAAGACUCUGAGAUUGGUUCGCUGUAGUUUGUCAGAGAUCAGCUGUGAUUCUCUGGUCUCAGCUCUGAAGUCCAACCCCUCCCAUCUGGAACAUCUGUACCUGAGUGGAAACAACCUGCAGGAUUCAGGAGUGAAACAUCUGAGUGGUUUUCUGGAGAGUCCAGACUGCAUCCUGAAGACUCUGAGAUUGAUGAGCUGCAGUUUGUCAGAGAUCAGCUGUGAUUCUCUGGUCUCAGCUCUGAAGUCCAACCCCUCCCAUCUGGAACAUCUGGACCUGAGUUACAACAAUCUGCAGGAUUCAGGAGUGAAACAUCUGAGUGGUUUUCUGGAGAGUCCAGACUGCAUCCUGAAGACUCUGGGAUUGGUGGAAUGCAGUUUGUCAGAGAUCAGCUGUGAUUCUCUGGUCUCAGCUCUGAAGUCCAACCCCUCCCAUCUGGAACAUCUGGACCUGAGCAGGAACAACCUGCAGGAUUCAGGAGUGAAACAUCUGAGUGGUUUUCUGGAGAGUCCAGACUGCAGCCUGAAGACUCUGAGAUUGGAGUACUGCAGUUUGUCAGAGAUCAGCUGUGAUUCUCUGGUCUCAGCUCUGAAGUCCAACCCCUCCCAUCUGGAACAUCUAUACCUGGGCUACAACAACCUGCAGGAUUCAGGAGUGAAACAUCUGAGUGGUUUUCUGGAGAGUCCAGACUGCAUCCUGAAGACUCUGGGUUUGUGGAGAUGCAGUUUGUCAGAGAUCAGCUGUGAUUCUCUGGUCUCAGCUCUGAAGUCCAACCCCUCCCAUCUGGAACAUCUGGACCUGAGCUACAACAACCUGAAGGAUUCAUCAGUGAAACAUCUGUUAGAUCUUGUGGAGAGUCCAGACUGCAUCCUGAAGACUCUGAGGUCAGUAGAAGGUUCCAUCAGUCUCUGCUGCUUCCAGCAGUUUUCUACUAAACACAGUCAGUAUCAAAGCAAAGAUCCAGUGUCUCCUGUAAACCUGCAGCUUCUCAGUGAAGCUGAGAGCAGAAUGGAGACAGAAACACAGAGACAGCAGUCAGCCAAUCAGAGGAGCCACAAGCUUGUUGUCAUGGUGUGUUUAGCCACAUGUCCACUAGAUGUGAUUUUCUUGCAUGUAAACAAACUGCAUCUGAAAAUCACACUCAUGGUGGACGUCACUAGAGAGCCACAAAAUUGUCACAUGACAAUGUUUGAGCUUCAGUGAAUAGCUGCUGCACAGCUUAUUUCUCACCUCAAAUGCUUUCAGAAAUACUUUUUGCUGAAGAUUUUUAUAAUAAAAGAGAAAGUUUGCCACCAAGCCGCUGUGUUUAACCGAUUCAUCUGCCGGACCAUCAAGCUGAAAGCUCGGUCACAUGACCACGUAGUGAUCAGCUGUUGCUCGAGUGCUGUCAUGUGACAAUGUUGUGCUCUGCUACUGACCGCCCACCAUGAGAGUGAUUUUUAGAUGCGUCGUGUUUACAUUCAGGAAAAUCACAUCUAGUGGACACUCACCUUUAGGUUUCAUGGUCCAGGGGCUGACCAAUAGCAACAGAUCUAUCAACCAAUCAUGACAUGUUUUUUUGUCUGUCAUGAUUUGUCUCGUUUCAUCCAGUGGGUGUCCUGAGUAACACUAGACAGACAGGCCAGAUGCUAA